AUGUGGUAUUUGAUGUUGACGCUUUUGAUGCAAGCCUCGCCGAUUUUGUUGAUCAUUUUUGCGGUUGGAUGUGGAAAGAAGAAAAUAAAGACAGAAGAAUUGAAACGAUCGCCAAAUGUUCCGAAGCCAGCUCCACCACCAACUCUCACAGGAAAUGCAAAAGCAGCAUCACUUCCACCCUCAACACCGUCUCUAGCGAAAAAAGAAGAGGAGAAAGAGGAAAAAGGCGAGCUUCCGGAGAAGAGUUGCAAGGAUGAUGAGGAGAAAUCAUCGGGAAAGGAAGAGAAAAAUGAGGAGGAAAUCAAGCCGAAACAGAUCCCUCGAACCGCCAAAGAAAACAAGGUGACGGUGAACAUGGGCGAUUAUCCGACUUUCAUUGAUGUCUUGAUUGACUGGGAUAGCAACAAGAACAAGAAGAAUCCAAGCGAGAAGAAGGACGACAAAAAAGAGGGUGGAUCCAAAAAAGGCGAAAAGAAGGGCGACAAGGACAAGAAGGAUGCCGGCAAGGACAAGAAAGAAGUGAAGAAGGAGGACAAAGAGGCAAAGGAAGAAGAAAAGAAAGAAGACGAUAGGGGAAAAGAAGAG